AUGACACUCGCUCCCGAGCUCAAGGUCCAGCCCAAUCGGCCAGUUAACUUUGCCUGGGCGUACGACAAGGAAGUUGGCUUCCUGAAAGAUUGUUUUCUUCUGUGGUCUGUGAAGAGCAAAGGUGUCAAGAAUGAUGGCUGCCUAGUUGGCGAGCUCACCUCCAACGAGGCGAUCGUGGCGUACAAGCUUAACUGCAUGUGCAAGCUACACGUGAAGAGGACGGCCGCCCAUUCGUCAUGCGCGGUGACGAAGGACAACUUCAACGCGAUUGGCUACGGCGCCAGGCUCGUCUUCAAGAUCUGCAAUAUUGCAGACUGCAUCGUGCGAAAUGGAGAGAGCAACCGCGUCCUCAGUGUGUCGAGCACUAUCAUGUCCAUGAGUGUGAUUCACGGGGGUAUCACUAUUCAAACGAUUCCCGUCCAUUGCGUUUUCAACUAUGAGCUCUGCAACCCACUUCGGAUGGCGCAUGUAGAUCGCCAGAAAUGCGCUCCUGGCUACGUUGUGAGCGAUCCGCUUCCGGAGAUAAAUGAGUACAGUGAUGCUGACGUAGUCAUCAAAAACCUUCUCUCCGCUCACUCGCUCCACGACGCUCAUGAAAAGAACGCCUUCACUGCGCUGGUUCGUGCUAUGAUUAGUGACCGGGACAUGCAGAAACUUGGUGGCAACACGGAGGCUGACCAGUAUGCUCUUAUCGGCGUUUUUCUGAUCCUCUACGGCCCUGGCAGCAUCAAAAUUGCGAACCAGGAGAAUGAGCUUGUCCCGAAGAAGCAUGUGGAUUACUGUGGGAAGAAGCAGAUCAUGAACCUUACACGCAAGAAUCACGAUACGUAG